GGCAGAUACGGAGAGCAAGGAGAGAGUCACAGAGCACUGACAUCAGAGAUCACAGCGAGACAGAUAAAGAAGAGAGCAGUCUGAUAAGAUACAAACAGGACAGGUUAGAGAAGCGGCAGUGAGACGUACAGGCAGUGAGAGAGGCAUGGAAGGCACAAGGUUGGGAUAAAGUGGCCACUGAAUAGCAGGAUUAGCCGAGGGAACGUGGCAACAGACUGCCAGCAGCUGGGCAAGAGAGUGAGAGGCACCUGGGCAAGAGAGUGCAAGCAGCUGGGCAAGAGAGAACUUCUGACUUGCACCCUUCAACUCAACUCAAAGACAUGUCGGUCAUUUUGGAGACAAUCGGUUUCUUCUUUGGGGUGAUAGGAUCGACCAUGUUGGGGAUCACCCUCUUCAAUGCCAACUGGCGGGUGUCAUCGGUCGAUGGCAAUGUCAUAACCACCUCCACGCUCUUUGAGAACCUCUGGAUGAGCUGCGCCACGGACUCCACCGGGGUCUACAACUGCCGAGAAUUCCCAUCCUUGCUGGCUCUCUCAGGAUAUCUUCAAGCCUCUCGGGCACUGAUGAUCACAUCGCUGGUUUUUGGAUUUUUUUCCUGCCUGUUGGGGAUGAUCGGGUUGCAGUGCACCAAGGUUGCAGAAGACAACCCCGUGGUAAAGGGCAAGCUGGCUACUGCAGCAGGAGCAAUCUCAAUUUUCGGAGGACUCUGUGCCGGUAUCGCUGUUUCAUGGUAUGCGUUCAACAUCACUAAGGAUUUCUUCAACCCUCUUUACCCAGGAACAAAGUAUGAGAUCGGGCCUGCACUUUACCUUGGUUGGUCAGGGGCGCUUUUGGAUAUAGUUGGUGGAGCUAUACUCUGUUGUUCCUACAAGACUCAGGUGUCUGCAGCCAAAAAUAAAUACACGUACAACUAUCGAGCGCCAAUGACGGUGUCCUCUGCUAAGGCCGCACCUCAAGCUACUCUACCUCGAUACGAAUCCAGCAACAGUAUUUGUAAAUACGGAAAGAACGCUUAUGUAUAGAACUUCCGAGGCUUGGAAGGGCUUUACCAUCGCUGGCUUCUUCCAGGCUCGGCCAAUGAGGAUAUUCCAUCCAUAUUACAUCCUAUCACGACAGUGCUUCCAACGCCCUUGGCUCAUGGUCCACCGGCAUUGUCAUUCUACGUAUUUGUAAAUAGUUUUGCACUAUUCUGAAAGAAACCAAAAAAACAUUCACAGUGAAUGGCAUUUCUAUGACGGGAAACCUUGGGAACGUUGCCGGAGAAGUCCAUGGCCUCAAUGAGAAGAAAGAAGAGACGGGAGCGGCACAAAGUAUCCAAAAAGCUUCCCGCUAGAGAUAUUUGGACUCUAUCAAGGCGUACUUUAUCUCACAAAAACAUUUUCUGCUCCUUUUUUUUAAACAAACUAUCCAUUUUCUUCGGCUUCUAUGACAGUUGAAGACUUCAGCGAGUAGUUUGAGGCCGUUUGAUGCUGUAAAACGUUAAUAAAAAAAAAAA